UUUCAUCAACAGUUAGUUUGUUUUUUCAUCAUAAAGGACCAAAUCUGGUCCUUGAAAAUAACCAACAAUAAACUCAUCAGCUCAUCCAAUUACCAAUUAAAUCAACAGGCAUCAAUUAAUAAUAAUCAUGACUUGUAUGUGCAUCGAUACGGCCCUAUCGAUUGUUUUCCAAAAAUUGGGAUACAUCGUAGGCAAAUAUCCUGGUUAUUUUGUGCUUGUGCCUUUUUUCAUUGCAUGUAUACUAGCUACCGGUCUACAACGGUUACGUUAUGAGGAUGAUCCUGAAUAUCUGUUCUCACCAACCGAUGGCCGUUCUAAGCUUGAACGUGCCAUUAUUGAUGAAUAUUUUCCCAUCAAUUAUACACAGAAUUUUAAUCUUGGCCGAAUCACUCAUAAAGGCCGUUUUGGACGAUUAAUUAUAACGGCUCGUGAUGGUGGUUCUGUAUUAAGAAGAUCCGUUUGGAAUGAAUUAAUGCAACUAGAUAGUGCCAUCAAAAAUCUAACAAUUGAAUGGGAUGAUAAAAUUUAUCGAUAUCAAGAUAUGUGCGCCAAACAUGAAUUUAAAUGUUUCAACAAUGAUAUACUUGAUUUUGAUAACAAAAUCGAUGAUAUUGAAGCGAAUAGAUAUUUUCUUAAAUAUCCUAUUUGGGUUAAUCAUGAAACAUAUAAAGCAUAUUUUUUUCCCGCUUAUCUUGGUGGUGUUCAACGUGAUGCUAAUAACAUCAUCGAAUCGGCUAAAGGUGUAAAUUUAAUGUAUUUCGCUGAUACAACAAUCAAAAAUGGUGAUAUUCGUGGCCAAUUAUGGGAACAACGAUUUCUUGAUUUUGCUGCAUCAGUUCAAUUUGAGAACAUUAUUGUUUCACGUUUUAUAUCGACUACAUUACAAAAAGAGCUUGAUAGUAAUACACAUAGUUUGGUGCCAUUCUUCAGUAUUACAAUAGCCAUUAUGCUUGUGUUUAGUAUUGGCACCUGUAUGAUGUUUGAUUGGGUUAGAUCCAAACCAUGGCUAGGUCUAAUGGGUUGUUUAUCGGCCGGUAUUGCCGUUAUUGGUGCAUUCGGUCUUUGUGUUUAUUGUGGUAUCGAAAUGAUUGGCAUCAAUCUAGCAGCUCCAUUCUUAAUGUUAGGUGUCGGUAUGGAUGAUGCAUUCGUAUUGUUGGCUGCAUGGCGACGAACCAAUCCAACAAUGAGUGUACCAAAACGAUUAAGUCAUACAUAUGCGGAAGCAGCUGUCUCCAUUACAAUUACAUCAUUGACCAAUUUUAUUUCAUUUAUGAUCGGCAUCAUCACGCCUUUUCCAUCGGUUCGAAUCUUUUGCAUCUAUACAUCGGUUGCUGUACUAUUCACCUAUGCUUAUCAUAUAACAUUUUUUGGCGGUCUUAUGGCUUAUUUUGGUGAAGUUGAACGCCGUAAUCUUCAUGGUCUAAUUUGUAUACCGGUGUUGCCUAAAUCGCUUGCGGAGGAUAAGGGCUUUUUCUUCCGUUUACUUUGUACUGGAGGACGUAAUCCAAAUGAUCCGGAUAAUCCAAAAGAUAACAAAGAACAUAUGAUGAUGAUAUUUUUUCGUGAUGUAUUGGCAGAAUCAUUGAAUCGGCCAUUGGUCAAGCUAUUGGUCAUAAGUGUAUUUCUCAUCUAUUUAUUCAUCGGUAUUUAUGGCUGCAGUGUAAUAAAAGAAGGAUUGGAUAGAAGAAAAUUAUCACGAGAUGAUUCAUAUUCGAUACAAUUCUAUGAUUUUGAGGAUAAAUAUUUUCGUGAAUAUCCUUAUCGGAUACAAGUGGUCGUCAAUGAAACGAUGAACUAUGCAGAUCCGAAAAUUCAACAACAAAUUGAAGAUAUGUUACGAAAAUUCGAAGAAAGUCCUUAUGUGGCUGAUAAAUCAAUGACUGAAUCAUGGCUUCGAUCAUAUUUGACAUUUCUUGGCCAAGACGAUAGUUUUCUUUUCCUUCAGGCUUUAAAUGUAUCCGAUCCAUUGGAUUUUUAUCGUGGAUUACGUGAUAUUUUUCUCCAUUUUCCAUUAACUGAACAAUUUCGUUUUGAUGUCGUUUUCAAUGAAGAUGGUUCCGAAGUCAUUGCAUCUAGAUAUAUAAUUCAAGCAAAAAACAUUCUUGAUGCAAAUAUGGAAAAAGAAAUGCUGAUUUCAUUGCGUGGAAUUGCUGAUAGUUUUCCAUUCCAUGUUACUAUUUAUCAUCAUUAUUUCAUAUUUUUUGAUCAAUUUGUUCUGGUUCGUAGCAUAUCGAUUCAGACCAUAACUGUUGCUGCAAUCGUAAUGAUGGCCAUUUCGUUAAUAUUCAUUCCAUCACCAUCAUGUGCUAUUUGGGUAGCAUUUUCAAUCAUAUCGAUUGAAAUUGGCGUCAUCGGUUAUAUGACAUUAUGGAAUGUCAAUUUGGAUUCAAUAUCGAUGAUCAAUUUGAUCAUGUGUAUAGGUUUUUCUGUAGAUUUUUCUGCACACAUUUCCUAUGCAUAUAUUUCUUGUAAUGAACGUACUCCCGGUGAACGAGUAAAAUCGGCUCUUUAUUCAUUAGGAUUACCAAUUUUUCAAGGCAGUGUUUCAACAGUUCUUGGUAUAAUAGCAUUAGCAUUUGCACCGUCUUAUGUAUUUGUGACUUUUUUCAAAACUGUUUUUCUUGUGAUGUUAUUCGGUGCAACACAUGGUAUCCUUUUACUACCAGUCUUACUUUCAUUAACCGACAUUUGUCGCCAACCACCGAAAUUAUUGUCAGAAGGUCAAUCAUCAGACAACAAAUCAUUACAUUUAUCAAGCAAACUUCCACAGCCUUAUCAUUUUAAAACAACAAAUUUACAAACAAUGCAGAAAGAGUUACCGUUUUUUACGGCAGAAAAAUUUUUCGAUGGAAAAACUAUUGUUCAUAAAAAUGGUGGCCCAAUAUACAUUCCACGACCUUCUUACAUAAAUCUUGCAUGCAACAGUGAAAAUCAUACUGUUGUUGAUAAUAUCAAACAAAAUCGACGACCACGAAUUGUGGACGAAGUUAGUGUGGAAGGAUCAAAAAGUCUUUCGGUAUCUGACAGUAGUGUAGUAGCUGAAAAAGAUCUUGGACUUGGUACAAGUGCUGAAGAAUGUAGUGAAAGUAGUUGGAAAGCUGCUGAAUCAAAAAUUGAUCAUCAUGUCGAUAUGAUAGUGAAAAAACAGCCACAAAGAAUAAUCGAAAAUCAUCAUGUUAAUGAUGGCUAUUUAAGCGAUAGUUUGGAACAAUCAACAGAUGCAUCGAAAAUGUUUGUCACAAGAAGUAAAAGUAAUGAUACUGAAAUGGUUGAACCGAGAAGAAAUUUUAAAAAUAAUCGCCAAUCGAGAAUAGGUCCAACGAAUGGCCACGAAGAACGUAUGAAUAGAAAUAUUUUACCACCAUCAUUAUUCAAUCAUCAACAGCAAAACAAUCAUCAUAAUCUAAAUCGAUUCAUACCAAUGUCUUAUAAUAGAUAUUUGGAAGAAUAUCCAUCUACUAGACAACGGCUUCAAUCAUAUCGGAUUGGUAGUUUAAAACCAAAUAGAACGACACACAGAAUACAACAGGAUCCAGAUAUAAUAUUGAAUCGAAAUGAAAUGAAUACAUCUUCAUAUCAUUAUUUUGAUUAUAAUCUUCAUUGGGAUAGUAGGUGGUCUGGAACCGUUCCUGCAAACCAAAACAAAACUGAUAAUAGUAACUUUCAAUAAUGAAACCAAUGUGAAAUGAAAUUAUCGCCACUACAAAAUUCAACUAUAGACUUCCAGUCAUUCAUAAAAUGAUUUAGAAAAG